GCGUGGGGUGGGGACGUUAGAAAAAGGACGACAGAUAGAGAGUUACACUCGAGAAUGAGGAAGGGAGCGAAGAAGAAAGGAGGUUCGAGAGGAGGCCGUAAAGCUGGUUCUACUUUGCCGGCGAGUAAGAACGUUGAUGCGGUGGUAGAGACCUCGACGCAGGGGAAAAAUGAAAGUGCUUCUUCUUCACAACCGCCGGUACGGCGUAGAAAGCUUAAGAGAGGCUCGCAGACGGAACUAUGGCAUAAAUCGUCUCCUAGAGCCAAGCGAGCCAAAGCAACCAAGGCGCAAGAAGAUGAGCCUGAGUACUUCAUGGAGAAGCGUCAUCUGUGGGACCAGCUGGAGUCACUAUAUGAAUUCGACUGGGAUUUUACAAAUCUUGAAGCUGACUUAGUAGUGAACACAAAGAUUCAGUUAAUGGCUGAGAAGCCAAUCUUCAAGAGUGACACAGAUUUUGUGAAAAACAAUUGCCGUCGUUUUGUGGUUAUAUUGCAUGUUGACUGUACCUCCUCAAAUGAAUCAACUAGUAGUUCUGUGAUUUUGGCAAGUUCCACGUCCAAGAGUUGUCAAUCAUCUGAGUCAAAACAGUUAGAUCCUUGGAUAUUAUUAGAUGCGCUGGUCAGUGUGCUUGCAAAUGAAAACCGGGUCCACUCCAAAUCUUCUCUGAUCGCGUUAAAUGUGUUUUCUGAAACACUUUUGUUUCAAGCUCGUGUCAAAUAUGCUAAUGUGCUGAUGGCUGGGGGUGGUCACAAUGCCUCCGUGAUUGUCUCGAGCCCUUCUACAAAUCCAUUGUAUUCGCCCCAUCCAAGUGUGCGGAUACCAGUGUUUGAACAACUUUUGCCCCAGCUUUUGCAUGGCUCUUAUGGGAGCACUUGGCAAGCGCAUGUGGGAGGGGUUAUUGGCUUAGGAACAUUGGUGGGGAAAGUGAAUGUUGAAUCGUUAAGUUAUGUUCAAGUAAAGAUUAAGCGUGGUCUGGUUGAAGUUUUAGUUCCUGUUUACGCUAGUAAAGAGCCUAAAGAGACAAGUCAGGUUCUUAUGCAGAUUCUAGGUGUGGUUGAUAAUGUUGACGCUUCAAACAGUGAAGCACGUAGAAAUAGCUUUCAAGAUGUUAUAGGAUAUCUUGUUAGCGGGUUAUUGAAUCCAAAAGCGUCCAUCCCUGCAGUUUUGGCUGGCCGAACUGUAAGUGAGGUAACCGAGUUGCUUGAGCCUUCGUACCCACUCCAAUGCAAGACAGUUGAACAACAGGUUGGAACGAUUGCUGCUCUGAUUUUCUGCCGGGCAUUGAAGUUUCUGAGCACAACUAUAGCGUGGAUUAAUUUCCGAGUGCAAACUUAUACUGAUGUACCGGCGAAGAUGUUUUUCAUCUUAUGUUUGUUCUGCAGAGCUGAGGCAACUGAACCAAAAGAGGUUGAAUCUGGAGAUAAAUAUAUCUGGAUAGUGAUUAUCCUGGGUAUAUGCUUCAAGACCAUCAUGGUUUUAUGGAGAUGCUUGAGGAUGGAUUUACGGAGGAUCCCAUUAGUACCAACGCCGCCCACAACGCCUACUGAACGGAACGUUGCAGUUAACCCCAAAAGACGAAGAAAUAAUAAUGCUUUAAAGCCUGAGGGGUCCAAGUCUUCUGAGGUGUCCAAGUCUGAGGAGUCCAAGUCUUCUGAGGUGUCCAAGUCUGAGGAGUCCAAGUCUUCUGAGGUGUCCAAGUCUGAGGAGUCCAAAUCUGAGGAGUCCAAGUCUGAGGAGUCCAAGUCUAAAUUUGAACAGCUUGCCAUGUUCAGAUACGCUCGGGAAAGGACAAAUGUGACCAAAGUGGGAAAGCUGGUAUUAGGAGAUGUGAUAGAACUAAAAGAAAGAAGUGAGUUCGCAAUAGUUCAAGGUUUUUUGGAGAAGAGGCCAGUUUAUAUAAAGUGUGGGGUCAAAACUGAUGAAAUGCAGAAUGAGGUAGAUAUUCUCCAGUUUGCUGAUCAUCACCCAAACAUCCUCAGAUACUUCUCUUCAGAAAUUGAGAAGAAUUAUUUCUACUAUGCUGUAGAACCGUGGUUGGGCAAUCUCACACAUCUCGUCAACAUCUGUAAAACUAAUGAAGCAUCACUAGAAAUUGCGUUUGGUUUUAGUUCUGCACACCCCAAAAUGUGGAGAACAAAUGAAGCUGCAUACCCCAAAUUGUGGACAGCAAAUGGAGCUGCAUCAAUCCUAUUGAGAAACCUCAUCAGAGAUGUUGUUUUAGGUUUAGAGCAUCUACACAGUUUAGAUAUAAUUCAUCGUGACUUGAGGCCAAAGAGUAUAAUGAUAAUUUAUAAUGGAAAGAGGCUCAUGUCAAAAAUUGAUGACAUGGGCGUUGCAGAAGAGUUGAAUCCGGAUUUCCCACCAAACGACGAGGAAGCCACUGUUGCAGGAGACAUGUUUGCUUUGGGUUCUCUAAUCUAUUAUCUUCUUUCUCGGGGUUCUGAUCCCUUUAGAGCACGUAAGCCUAUAAGCAACAUGAUGAUAAACUCCUAUGAUAAACGUAGAGUAAAUUUUCCUGAUGCUCUUCACCUGAUCAAUUGUUUGUUGGGCCCUAAGCCUCAUACUCGUGCUUCUUCAUCCUUUUUUUGGAACGAUGAGAAGAAGAUUGAUUUCUUGCAUAUAAACUGAUGAUGAUGGACUUUCCGAAAGCUAUUGGACAUAAAGAUAGUUGGGAAGGUAAGCUCCAUCGCGACUUUCUAGAGUACAACAAGAAAACCAACCCAAGGCACGACAACGCUCAAGAGAAUAGCUGGAUACAUCAUGUGAAAGAGUAUAAUUAUUACAACUUUCCUGAUUUGUUAAGGUUGAUAAGAAACACUCAACAUCACUACAGUACACUUCCACAAGACAUCAUGAAACUUCUUCCAGAUGGGGUUUACAUAUACUUUGAUCGUGCCUUCCCUAAUUUGUUUAUGGAAGUAUACAAGCUGGUUAAAGAAAACAGUGAGGAUGCCCUAGAGUUCAAACAAUUCUUCAAAGAAAUAUAGUCAAGGUGGAAAGGAAAGGCAAAUCACGAUGGUUCAUCACAGACUUAUCUUUAUUUUUAGUGACCGCGGAUUUGUUUUGUUACAGACUUAUUUCUAGUUAUCGCAGAUUUAAUUUCAGAAAAUAGUGGAGACAGAUUUGUUUAUCAGAUAUAUUGAUGGUUAUGUCACAGAUUUGUUGCCCAAUA